AUGUCCGCCCCUAAACCCUCCACCUCUGUCGGCAAGCUGAACACCGGCGCUAGCAUUCCACUGGUUGGCCUUGGCACUUACCUCUCUGAAGACGAAACUGGCUACAAGGCCGUUCUCCAUGCCAUCAAGGUCGGCUAUAGGCACAUUGACUGCGCAGCGCUAUACAAGAACGAGGACUUCGUUGGGCGCGCAAUCCGGGACUCUGGCGUGCCUCGUGAAGAGUUGUUUGUGACCACGAAGGUCUGGAACACGCAACACCGUGAACCCGCUAAGGCGCUGGAAGAGUCCCUGUCACGCCUAGGCCUGGACUACGUGGACCUGUUUUUGAUGCAUUGGCCUCAAGCCCUGCGUACGGAGCGUAUUACCGACGGAAACAUGAUCACCGUUCCUAAGAGGGAAGACGAAAAGCCCGAUGUGGACACAGAGUGGAAUUACAUCAAGACGUGGCAUCUGAUGCAAGACUUGCCUGCUUCGGGCAAGACCAAGGCAGUUGGUGUCUCCAACUUUUCCGUGAAGCAGCUGGAAAAGCUACUGGCUGAUCCAGGCUCCAAGGUUGUCCCAGCGUGCAACCAGGUCGAAGUCCACCCGCUACUCCCACAAAUACCCCUUUACGACUUCUGCAAGAAGAAGAACAUCAUGCUCGCUGCUUAUUCCCCUCUGGGAUCACAAAAAGCUCCGUUGCUCGAUGACCCUGUGAUUCUGGAAAUUGCAGCCAAACACAAAGCAGACCCAGCGCAGAUUAUUAUCGGAUGGGACGUCAAAAGGGGCUACGUAGCUCUGCCCAAGUCUGUCACUCCAUCCAGGAUUGAGUCCAACCUUCAGAUUGUGAACUUGACAGACAGUGAACUUGAAAAGAUCAACGAGAUUCACAAGAAGGGCGAGAAGAGAGUGGUCGACCCUGAAUGGUUCGACUUUGAGGAAGAUUAA